AUGGCUGCGAGUAAGAAGGAGUUGCAGCAGCGCAGAAAAGACAAUGCAGACUUAUGUGCUCGAAUCAAUGCGCUAUUGCACAGCUCCGAUUCUGGAUCCGAGGAAGAAGUUACAUCGCACAAAGAAGAAAUCGCUGAGAUCAACGCCUUGAGAGAUGAAAUCAAUGAGAAACAGGUUGAAGUGGCGAAGGCUCAGAGGGAAAAGAAGUUAGCCGAAGAUGCUCAAGAGAAGUUCCAAGAGGACAACAACACAAGAAUCAUCAUGUUGCAAGAGCAAGUGAAUAGCAGUCAACAGAAGAUAAUUGCCUUGGACACUGAACUGGGCAUUAUGGCCCAGAAAGAUGUCGAGCGCUACAAAAAUGCAUUUUCCAACAUGGCGAAGGCAAAAGAAGCGGCCCAAAUCAGAGAGCACGAGGAAGGUGAUUUGAGAAACAGGUUGAACGUUGCUUUGGAAGAUCUGGAAUUUAUGGAGAGAGCGAAGGAGGAAGCUGAGGAGAAUAUAAACAACAAAGAAAAGAUGCUGAGAAAGGCGAUGGACACCAUUACGAAAUUGGAGAUGGCUUCACAAUAG